CACAGACAAAAGCAACAACUCUCUCUCUCUCCAAAGAUGGCGCACAAUAACGCUGUGAUUCUGAUUCUGACGUUGUUUGUGUGCUCUACAUCGGCAAUCUCUCCUGAGCAGGCUCCGGCAUGGUCUCCGACGAAGCCACCGACUUCAACUCACAGUGCUCCAACACCGUCUCACACAGCUAUGCCACCAACUGCGAGUCAUAGUGCUCCGACGCCGUCUCAGGCAGCGAAGCCACCUGCAUCGUAUUCGUCUCCACCAGCCCACCAACCAUCUCCAAAGGCCAGUCCUCCGACACCACCACCGCCGCAUCAUUCUCCUCCUCCUUCUCCUUCUCACGCUUCUACUCCGAUACCGGCGACUCCACCACCCACAUCGAUUGCCUCACCGCCUUCCGAAGCCCCCGCCCCAACCGAAAACGCCGCCGUGUCAAACAGAUACGCGGUCUCCGGGUCCCUGGCCGUCGGCCUCUUGGCCGCUGCUUUGGUCAUCUAGAACUUUUGUCUUCCUCUGCAUGCGCUGCUUUUGAAUUAUUACUCUUCUUUCUCUCACUGUGUGUGCGAAUGUGUUUUGUUUGGAUUAUUUCUUAAUUAUUGCGGUUAAUUCGUAUUUUGAUGAUUAUGAUUGUCUUCGAUGGAGGACUUCAUACUAAUAAUGUAUGCUUGAAUUUUAGUACAA